AAAAGAUACAAUAUCAAGUUUGAGUUCUUUGUAGUUAAAUGCGUUUAGUUUGUCCAAACUAUAAUGUAUGGGUGUUGUUAUGUUAUGCAUACGAAAAAAAUACCUCUUAUAUAUAUUUUACGAAAUGUAACAAAAUUACGAGUUUCAGUACUUAACAUCUUGAAAACAUAUUUCACGUCAUAGUUCCUCUUACAAUAACUAUGGCCUAGAAUCUUUAUCCUUGAAAAUUUUCCUGCUCUUUGUUUGAGUUUCCGGCUUAUUCGACUUCUAUUGUUGUGUGGUACGUAGAAAAGUAUUUAAAACUGAGUGCAGUAUAGUAUUGGUUGAAAGAAUAAAUAAAUGAGAAAGUAUCAGGUCACCUUCCGCGUAUGGAAAGGUCGGUAGUACGUGGCAGAUUGUCAUUGACCCUCAGUAACCGGCAAAAAGCAAGAAUGUUUAAUUAAAGUUCCAAGUCAGCUCCUUUUUCAUUUCCUUUCUAAUUAGGCUUCCAUUUAUACAAUUAUACAGUACACAAAUAAAAAUACGCUUUAUUUAUUUCUUUUGCAUAAAGAAGAUUUCUGCAGUUGACCAAAAAUAUAAAAAUGGAAGAUUUCUGCGAUUAUAAUAGGAUUUAUUCUUAUUCUACAAUUUUUAAUCGUAUUUCAGUUCAGUGAUUUCAGUAAAAAUCAAAUACUUCUAUAUCAAACUAUAUUAUAGAAAUACCAAAAUUUGUUGCUCAUAUCAUAUUAUUCAACAUAUAUUUUAAAUCACAUUUUCAAGAAAAUAAAUUAGAUCUCGUAAUUAGUUUGAUUCGGUUAGUUCUUUUCUGUUUGUUUGGUAUGAAAAUGUCAGUUAGUUUCACUCACACUCUCUGGUUAAUCCAGUUUGAUUCAUAAACCUAGCUGUAAAUUUAAAUAAUAUAUAUUCAGAUGGUCCAGUAUUGUAUAAAUUAAAUUUGUAUUAUAUAUACAAACAUACUUAAUUAUAUUCUUGUAGAAUCCGAAGCAAACAUUAAUUGUUAAUGAAGUUCCCUAUAUAAAACCAACUUCAAAACCUCCAACUUCUUAAUGUCAAAACUCAAACAUCAAAGUCUCUCUCUACAACAACAACAACAACAACAAAAAUCUCACCAUCUCAAUAGAAAGCAAAUAAACAACAAUCAAGAGUCUAAAUGGGGAGAUAUCAAGAAGGAAGCAGUACUCCAGUUCCAUUACAUCUCUGCGUCUUCGUCUUGAUCCUAUUCAUGUUCGUAACGAUCUCAUGGUACGCGAGUUACGAACCAGUCAUAGAAGGUUUUACGGAUCAGUUCAAGCUUGCUCUCAUGGCAUCUCCUCUGCUUUUGCUCUUGGCCGUCCAUUUUCUAUCCGACGAUGGAGGUGUAGGAGGGAAGAUGACGUCGUCGAUACCUCUGAAAGAAAGAGAGUCUUUGUAUAGAGCUGGAGAAACGCCAUGGGGAGUAGCCUUCAUGUUCGUCUUUCUCUUCUUCAUGGUUUCUCAUCAAUCUCAGUUUCAAGAACGUUGGUUUCCUCUUUGGUGAAGAAAACCACAACGUUUUUGGUUGGUCUAGCUAGUAGUAUUCGUGACUUCCGCUUUGGGUCUAGUAUAAUAUGGAUUCGAUGUAUCAUGUAUGUUAAU